GCACCGAGACAUCAUCAGAUGGUUCCGGAUCCGUCAGGAUCCAUCAGACACGGCUCUCCGCUGGAGGCGCUGGGCCGAACCGAACCAUCUGGACCCCUGCCUCCGCGGAGCUGCGGGGGCGGAACCACGGAGCGGUUAAAGAGGUGCGGGCGGAGAGCCGGAGCCAUUUGACCGCUGCGCCGCUGAGGGAUGGGGCUGCUGUCCGGACUGGUUCCGCUGCUCCGCCUCUACCUGUGCGGGAUCCGGGUUCUGCUCUACCAGAUGUUCCACCGAUCCUUUGAGAUGCCAGAACUGCCCAGACAGGAAGGAAGGGUUGCCAUAGUGACGGGCGGAACCAGAGGAAUGGGCUUUGAGACUGCCCGCCAGCUGGCUGCUCUGGGCAUGCACGUCAUCAUAGCCGGAAACCAGGCAGCAGAGGGCGCCAUGGCAACCAGGACCAUCAACCGGGAAUGUGGGGACACCAGAGCCGAGUUCGUCUUCGUGGACCUGACGUCUCUGGCCUCGGUCCGGCACUUCGUCCAGAUGUUCCAGAGCAGGUCGCUGCCGCUGGACGUCCUCGUCAACAACGCUGGGGUCAUGCUGGUUCCGGAGACUCGGACCCAUGAGGGCUUUGAGUUCCACUUCUGCCUGAACUUCCUGAGCCACUUCCUGCUCACCAACCUGCUGCUGGACCUGCUGCAGAAGUCGGGUCGGCCCGGCCGCUGCUCCAGAAUCAUCAACAUGUCCUCGGCGACGCACUACGGCGCCGACAUCCACCUGGACGACUUGAACAAGAGAACCAACUACAGCUCCCAUGCUGCGUACUCCCAGAGCAAGCUGGCGCUGGUUCUGUUCACCUACCACCUCCAGAAGCGGCUGGAGGCCGAGGGCCACGCCGUCACCGUCAACGCCGUUGACCCUGGCAUGGUGGACACGGCGCUCUACGACAACCUCUGGACCCUGGCCCAGGUUCUGAAGAAGCUGGUGGCCCGGGUUCUGUUCAGGGUACGUCUUCUUUUCAGCCGUUGGCUCUCCCUCAAUUGGACCGGUACCAGAAGGCCUAGGUUCAGUUCCCAUCCUGCUGGGUUGGUGAACCAGAACCUGAUCUGAGUGGUUCUCCACGAG